CGUGUCUCAGCAGAAGCAGCAGAAGCCGGUCAUCAUGUCCACCGUGGAGGAGCUGAAGCUGCGGGUCCGGGAGCUGGAGAACGAGUUGAUCCGAUGUCGGCAGAAGUGUUCUGGAGCCGAGCAGCCGCUCAGAGAGAAGAUCCACACCAUGAGCUCGGAGGUUGUGGACUCGAACCCCUACAGUCGCCUGAUGGCUCUGAAGAGGAUGGGCAUCGUGCAGGACUAUGAGAAAAUCCGGAGCUACACGGUGGCUGUGGUUGGCGUGGGCGGAGUCGGCAGUGUCACGGCGGAGAUGCUCACCCGGUGUGGCAUCGGUAAGCUGCUGCUGUUCGACUACGACCGCGUGGAGCUGGCCAACAUGAACCGACUGUUCUUCCAGCCGCACCAGGCUGGCAUGAGCAAAGUGGAGGCUGCCGAACACACACUCAGGAACAUCAACCCAGACGUAACCUUCGAGACCCACGACUACAACAUCACCACCCUGGACAACUUCAACCACUUCAUGGAGCGAAUCAGUCAUGGGGGGCUGGAGGAGGGGUCCCCCGUUGACCUGAUUCUGAGCUGCGUGGACAACUUUGAGGCCCGGAUAGCCAUCAACACGGCGUGUAACGAGCUGGGCCAGGUGUGGAUGGAGUCGGGCGUCAGUGAGAACGCCGUGUCGGGACACAUCCAGCUCAUCAUCCCCGGGGAGACCGCCUGCUUCUCCUGCGCGCCCCCCCUGGUGGUGGCGGCCAACAUCGACGAGAAGACCCUGAAGAGGGAGGGGGUGUGUGCGGCCAGCCUGCCCACCACCAUGGGCGUGGUCGCCGGCAUCCUGGUGCAGAACGUACUCAAGUACCUGCUGAAGUUCGGCGUGGUGAGCCACUACCUGGGCUACAACGCCAUGCAGGACUUCUUCCCCAAGAUGUCCAUGAGGCCGAACCCCCACUGCGACCACAGCCACUGCAGGAGGCAGCAGGGCGAGUACCAGAGGAGAGAGGCGGAGCAGCCCAGAGAGGAGGUGGUGGAAGUCGAGGAGGAGGUCGUCCAUGAGGAGAACGACUGGGGUAUCGAGGUGGUGUCGGAGGUGACGGAGGAGGAGCUGAAGGAGUCCUCCGGGCCCGUCCCAGAUCUCCCAGAAGGCAUCACUGUAGCCUACACCCUUCCUGCUCAGAAGGAUGCGGCUGAAGGGGCGAUGGUGCAGGAGACGGAGGAGAGUCUGGAGGAGCUGAUGGCCCGCAUGAAGCAGAUCUGAGGCUAGCCGCUAGAAGCUAACGGCUAGCCGCUAGCAUCGACCACCCCUUGCUGACCACCUGGAGCAUGCCCGUGGCUAACCUGGUUAGCAUUUCCCCAGAAAGCCCACAGCACUUCUAGAGAAAUGUCGUCUCGAAGCAGCUUUUGCUGAGCUACUAGGAUCGUCCAUUAUGAGUUCCAGCAGAGCUAAACCCAUUAACAGGAUACAGGUAACAUAUACGUGCUGUGGAGUCUUAAUACUAAUAUCAUAAACUCUGUAAAGUUUUUUUUGUUCAUGGAGAUCUCCUCUGUAACAUCACAUCAUCAAACGUCUUUCAAUAAAAUAUUUAUUUGAUGGAACAA